AUGUCAUUGCAGGCAUUGGAUCAGGAGCUCACCAUGUCUUCUCAACCUCCUGGUUGGUCCCACCACCCUCCAAAUCCAAAGGAGACUAAAACUCAUCCAACACCACCGAUUUUUCUUCAUUAUGCAGAACCUCCCAUUGGACCAUUAGUUGAACCUCCAGAUCUGUUUUUUCUCAAAAUUACCAAAUCUAAACCUGUGCAGGAAAACCCUACUCAGAUUACAAAAGCACCUAAAGACAUUGUAGCUCAAAGUCUGGAAUUUAAGGAGGAUGCACUUCCAGAUUCAUUUGAAGGUCAAGCUGAUUCUGCUUCACCACCCAGUAUGUCAUUACAGCCAUUGGAUCAGGAGCUCACCAUAUCUUCUCAACCUCCUGGUUGGUCCCACCACCCUCCAAAUCCAAAGGAGACUAAAACUCAUCCAACACCACGGAUUUUCCUUCAUUAUGCAGAACCUCCCAUGGGACCAGUAGUUGAACCUCCAGACCUGUUUUUUCUCAAAACUACCAAAUCUAAACAUUCACAGGAGAACCCAAGUCAGAUUACCAAAUUACCUAAAACGGUUUUAGCUGAAACUAUUGAAUAUAAAGAUGGCUUGACUCCAGGUCCAUUUGAGAGUCAAGAUGAUUCUCUAACUCCACCCAAUGUUUCAUUACAGCCUUUGGAUCAGGAAAUCACCAUAUCUUCUCCUCCUGGACGGGCUCAGCAACCUCCAAAUCUGAAAGAGAAUAAAGAACAUGAGCCAGAAGAGAUUUUCUCUCACCAUGCAGAACCUUCAAUGGGAAUGGUAGUUGAACCCCUGGAUCUGCCUUUUCAGAAAACAAUGGAAUCUAAACCUGUGCAGGAGGCCCCCGCUCAGAUUACUGAAUCACCUAAAGAUGAUGUAGUUCAAACUCUAGAAUAUAAAGAGGUAGCAGUUUCAUCUGUAAUUGAGGGUCAUGCUAAAUAUCUAACACCCAGUAUUUCCUAUCAACCUUUAGACCUGGAACUUUUUGAAUUCUCUGGCCCCACUACUGAGGUUCAUCAUUCCACUACUUUCAAUGAGACUACAGUUCCUUCUUCAAUGCAUAUUCGUAUCACAAGUCCACAUUUGCACUCAAAAUUUUCUGUAACUCCACAACCUAAUACAAUGGUUAAGCACUCUGUCCAAAUGAAGGAGACUUCAGCUCAGACUUCAGAGAUACCUAUGGAGACUUUAGCCCAAUCUGGAAAGCAUUAUUCACCAGCAGUUUUAACUUCAGUUUAUGUUGAAAUUCAACAUUCAAAUUUAUCUGCUAUAGAGACUACACAUUCUGAAGUCCCAACAACCACAGCUCCUUAUCCAGAGGUUGAGCAUUUUGAAGUCCCAACAACUACAGCUGUUUAUCUAGGGGCUGCACAUUCUGGAGUCCCCACAACUAUAACUUCUUCUCCAGAGGCUUCACCUUGUGAAGUCCCAACAACUACAGCUGCUUCUCCAGAGAUUGCACCUUCUAAAGCCCCAGAGGCUACAGCUCCUACUCUGAAGUGCCCUAGCAUAACAGCUCUACCUGUAGAUCAGGGUGAGAAACACCCAAGCCCAACUGAAGUCACAGUUCAAGUUUUGAAAGUGGAAUCUACCAUAACUCCAUAUUCUGAAAAUUCUAAUACAGAAAAUGAUUUAACAAUAGAAAAAGAUGCCUACAAUUACACCAACAUAUGUGACUUCUGCUUGUGUGAAAAUGAGACACUGUUGUGUGUUCAUCCCAGCCCAAAAUGGAGACUCCACCAAGUGCCUGUGCCAAGGCCCAACACCUACAAUGACACUUUUGCUAUCUUAAAUUUUAAAGGAAAUGAUAUUUCUUACAUUGACAAAAAUGUAUGGAAGGUAUACCGCUGGACUGAGAAACUAAUUCUCAGUGAAAAUUACCUGACUGAAUUACAUAAGGAUUCAUUCGAAGGCCUGCUAUCGCUCCAGGUUUUGGAUUUAUCCUGCAAUAAAAUACGCUAUAUUGAAAGAAGGACAUUUGAGUCAUUACCUUUUUUGAAGUAUAUAAACCUUGGGUGCAAUUUACUCACUGAAUUGAGCUUUGGAACAUUUCAAGCAUGGCACGGAAUGCAGUUUUUACAGCAGUUAAUUCUCAGCCGUAAUCCUCUUGCAGUUGUUGAAGAUCCCUACUUUUUUAAGUUGCCAGCAUUAAAAUAUCUGGACCUGGGGACCACACAGGUGCAACUGACAACAGUUGAGAACAUCUUCAUAAAGACUCUGGAGCUGAAACAUCUGAUCUUACCUAGCCACAUGGCCUGCUGCCUCUGCAAAUUUAAAGCUGACAUUGAGGUUAUCUGCAAGACAAUCAAACUGCAUUGUCAAACAGGAUGUCUGACAAACACCACACAUUGUCUUGAGGAAGCAUCUAUAAGGAACCCAGGAGGAGCAUUCAUGAAAGUGUUGCAGGCCCGGAAGGGGAACAGCAGCACUGAGCUCACUAUUGAACCAGAAAGGGGCAAUUCAGACGAAGAUUAUGCCAACUAUUCCAGUUCCAUGGAUGAAAAGACAGACUUUGAUGAUGAAAAUGAUGUUAUGAGCGCGCUAAAUUACAUACUGCCAUAUUUCUCAGAGGGAAAUAUGGAAGACAUAAUGUCUUCAAUGUUACCAUACAUUAAACUGCUGUUUUCUCAUGCACAAGAUACAGGUAAUUCCUUGGGAUCUUUGCAGAAGGACACAGUAACUGUUUCUGCUACAAAUGAAUCUAAGUCCAAUAAUGUCACUUACAAAAAUAAAUUGAAUAAACUUCAUUUUUUAGAAAAUUUGUUAGACAAAAAAAUUGAUGAGGUUCAAAAGGAAGAGAAACCUGGGAGGCAUAAGGCAAAAUCUAAAAAUAUAAGUCCCAAAUUUAAACGACGAAUAUUUGAAAAGAGAUGGGAACCCGCCCAGGCAGAGGAAGACUCUUUCUCCCCAGAACUGUCCCUGGUGGACAAGGCUCCCACUACAAAAUCGCUACCUGAGUUCAUAGACAGACGAAAAGACUUGUCUUACACCAUUUAUGUUUUAGAAAGUGCAAAUGCCAAUGUGAAGAGAACGAAGGGUUCUAACCCAAGUUUACAAAGUGAAGAAAGAUAUCGAAACCUUAGAAAGAAAAAAUCUCAGUUUCAGUUGAUUGCAAAGCGGCCAGCAGCAUCCUCUGCAGUGAGGAGCCUGAUAAAUUCCCCUGCACGAGGGAUCUUUUCAUCUUUAGGAGAUCUGAGUUACUCAGAAAGGCCCUUUCCAGAAUUAUAUGCAGCUCCAGAGUCCACUAUAGAAAAGCCUCUUGAAGAAAUUCAGGCUGCAACAGAUAAUAUUGGAGAAAAUAUUCUUGAACCAAUCCUCACUAUGCCUGAAGAAACUACAUCAAAAAAUAAGCCUGAGAUUCCUACUGCAGAUUCUGAUAUCCCUAUACCCAGUGUACCAGGCUUAAUUCCAACAGUUGAGCAAACCAAUGAGCCACAGGUACACUUAGUUUUCGGGUCUGACUCACCUAACUUCAACGAAGUUGUUUACCCAUCACUGAUGACGCCAGAAGAACAGUUUGAAUCUCAUCUAAACCAGCAUCUGGGGCCCCUCAUCCCCAACAGCAAUGUGAGAAGGCUCAUCUCUCACGUCAUCAGGACGUUGAAGAUGGACUGCUCUGACAGUCAAGUGCAACUGUCUUGUGCCAAGCUCAUCUCCAGAACAGGCCUCCUGAUGAAGCUUCUCAGUGAGCAGCAAGAUUUCAAGCUGUCCAGGACUGACUGGGAUACAGACCAGUGGAAAACUGAGGACUACAUCAAGGAGAGCACAGAAGCCAAAGGCGAACAGAAGAGUCUGAAACUAAGUCAGCUUUCAAAUGAAGUCUCAGGGUUCGGCUACAAUAACAAAGUCAUCUUGGCGAUAUCUGUGACCAUUGUAGUAAUAGUUUUGAUUAUCAUUUUGGGUCUCAUCGAGGUUUAUUCCCACAGAACAAAAAAGGGAGAUGAAGAAAAUUCCACGUGGUAA